UUUUUUUUGAAAAUCCGUCUCUUUCAUUUUCUCUUCCAGAACCGAUACGGAUAAUCUCGCAGGAUUGCUAGAGGUCUUAGGGUUUUUGUCGAUUGUAAUUUGCAAAACUGCAUUCAUUCGGUGCUGUACGUGAUGAACGAUGAUGCUGAGGUUGCCCAACAAACGGAUUCGAUUGAUAAUCCCGAGAUGAACCCUACGGUUUUGGGUGAUGCUGAUGUUGAUUCGAGCGUAAAUGUUCAAGGGAGAUCGCAACUCAUUGAUGAUGCUGCAGCUUCACCUAUGGAGCUCGAUUCUACGGUUAGUAAUGACGAUGGCGAUGGAAAUGGCGAUGCUAGGGUUUUCGAGAGUGAGAGAUCGGAAAAGGCUGAUCUCAUUGCCUGCAAACGGAGUGAGGAAGAUGAUAUAAGUGAAACGAAACCUAGGGUUUCUGAGGUUAAAAGCGAGGAUACAACUGAUAGCCAGAUUGAGAGGUCUGAUGACAGUCCUGAGCUCAAACAAGAUGUUUCCGAUGAUGAUCAAUCUAGUGAGCUUGGCUCCGAAGCUGAUGAGAAGUUAUCGAAUGCUGCUUUCGAGGAAGAAACGCGAGGAGAUUUGGAGAUACAUGCGGUUUCCGAUUACAAAUCUCUCUUAUCUGAGUUUGAUGAUUAUGUUGCAAGCGAGAAAAUAGGUUCUGGAGUUUCGAGGGCAUUGAGCUACGGGUUUGAAGUGGGCGACUUGGUUUGGGGAAAAGUUAAGUCUCAUCCAUGGUGGCCUGGUCAUAUAUUCAAUGAAGGUUUUGCGUCUCCCUCUGUUCGUCGCAUGAGGAGGAUGGACCAUGUGCUUGUAGCGUUUUUCGGAGAUAGUAGCUAUGGCUGGUUUGAUCCUGCUGAGCUUAUUCCCUUUGAACCGAAUUUAGCUGAAAAAUCGCAGCAGACUGUUUCGAAGCACUUUGUGAGGGCUGUUGAGGAAGCCAUGGAUGAGGCGAGUAGAAGGUCAGCUCUUGGGUUGACUUGUAAAUGCCGGAAUCCUUAUAACUUUAGGCCUACUAAUGUUCAAGAUUACUUUGCUGUUGAUGUCCCGGAUUACGAGCUCCAAGGCGUUUACUCUGCUGAGCAGAUUAAGAAAUCUAGGGAUAAGUUUUCACCUGUCGAGACUCUAUCGUUUGUGAAGCAAUUGGCUUUAGCACCUCAAGAGUGUGAUUCAGACAGUUUAAAUUUUUUGAAGAAGAAAGCAGUGGUUUUUGCUUUCCGCAAGGCAGUGUUUGAGGAGUUUGAUGAAACGUAUGCACAAGCCUUUGGGACCAAAUCUGUGCGCACUGCAGCGAGUAUGCAUGAACCUCACAAUAGAGCACCCCCUCGAGCUCCCUUGAGUGGCCCACUGGUCAUAGCGGAAACUCUUGGUGACUUGAAGAGCUCUAAAAAACCCACAAAGGUUAAGGAUUCGAAAAAACAAGACAAGUAUCUUCUCAAACGAAGGGAUGAAGCUGGAGAUAAAACUAUUCCAUUUGGCCAAGUUGAAGCAAGUGCAACCACGGCCUUUGGUGGAUCUUUGGACGGGGAUUUUGUGCUACAGAGAAGAGCUCCAACGGUUCAAAAUCCAAUGAAAGAUGAGCAGUCUGGGAUUGUGAGCAUGGAUUUCACCUCUUCAAGUGCAGCUAUUCCUGGUAAAGAAAGUUCUGUUUCAAAGAUCUCUCUUGAUGAAGAAAAGGAUUUAGCUGAAGAAUCAAAGGAGAAAUUGGAAGAAAAGACUGUUGUAUUUCCAGAGCAUGGAAAAUCUGAAGCUAUGGCGACUCUUAAACAAGAGGCUGGACCAGAUUCCGGAUCAGCUGGAAACUCUCUCCAGCCCCUGCUUGAGUCUCCUCGAGGUUCUCAUACCUCAGCAUCUGGUGGGAAAAGUUCCACAGGGUCCGUAAUCAAGAAAGUCAAAGUUAUUAAACGACCAUCAAGCGAAAUGGGCUCUGAAAAUCCUCCUUCAGAGCCGGUAAAGAAAAAGAAAAAGAAGAAAGAGCCCAACUCCGAUCAUCCAGAAAAGAGGAAGUUUUUAUCUUCUGGGGAAGCUGGUGCCAAGAAAUUGUCCCAGCUUGGUUCAGCGCAUUUACAAUCCUAUAUGGAAGUUGAUGUGCCGCAACUGUUGAAUCAUCUGCAAGAUCUCUCUCUUGACCCUUUCUUUGGUUCUUCAGUUGCUUCUUUUGGAGCUGCUAGGAAAUUCUUUCUCCGUUUCCGUUCACUUACUUACCAGAAAAGCUUGACUGUGUCUUCAUCUGAUGCUAUUGCGGAAAGUGUCAGAGACGCAAAACCCUUAAAACCUAUCAAGAAUGUGAACAGAACCGCAGAUCCAUCAAAAGCUGGAAGAAAACGCCUCUCUUCGGAUCGUCAAGACGAAAUCCCAUCAGCUAAGAAAUCGAAGAAAACUAAUCAGCUGAAAUCAUUGGCUUCUGAGAAGAAGAUAAAACGAGAAGCAAAAGAUAGUAUAAAACCAGUUAGAGAGCAAAGCGGUGCGGUUCAUGCAAAACCAGCAAAAGCACAAACCGGGAAGAAAACGGGUCCGUCAGCGAAGGUGGUUGAGCCCACAAUGCUGGUCAUGAAGUUUCCACCUGGCACAUCUCUCCCUUCAGCUGCAUUGCUAAAGGCGAGGUUUGGUCGGUUCGGGCUGUUAGAUCAAUCUGCCAUCAGGGUUUUCUGGAAAUCCUCGACCUGCCGUGUUGUCUUUCUGUAUAAAGCCGAUGCACAGACUGCUUUUCGAUAUGCAACAGGAAACAACACUCUCUUUGGAAACGUGAACGUAAGGUACUUUCUUCGUGACGUGGAUACUCCUAAACCUGAGCCUCAUGAACCAGAAAACGCAAAGGAAGAUGAUGAGCCACAGAGCCAGUGGCUAGACCAAGCACCGCCACUUCACCAACCAAUCUUACCGCCACCAAACAUCAACCUCAAAUCCUGCUUGAAGAAACCCGUCGAUGAACAGAGUAAUAGCAGUAGCAAUGGGAAUGGUAACCGAGGAACGGCAAGAGUCAAAUUCAUGUUAGGGGGUGAACAAAACUCGAUUAAAGCAACCACCGAGCCAUCAUUCUCCAAUAGAGGACCUUCUGCAUCAUCCUCAUCAUCAUCAUCAACUAUUGCAACGGAAUUUUUUAGUAAGAAGUUUCAAAAUGUUGUUCAUCAUCAUCAACAACCUUCAACAUUGCCUCCAAUUCUUCCUCUCCCUCCACAAUACUCGAAACCUAUUAAAACAGUGGACCAUGUCGAACCACCGAUGCCACCUUUCAGGAACGUCCGUGGCCCGAGCCCGGUGGUUGGUGCAGGAGACAUCUCUCACCAGAUGCUCAACCUUUUGUCAAAAUGCAACGACGUUGUGGCUAACGUCACGGGCUUGUUGGGCUACGUUCCUUACCAUCCCUUGUGACAAAACAAAGCCCGUUAGAUACAAAUAUAUAAUAUAAUGUUGUUUUAAGUAUCCGUGUUUGAUUUUGGUAAUAUAUUUUUGUAUGUUAGACAUUAGUUUGGCUCGUUAUUUAUUUUUCUCAUGUAUUACAAUUCAUAAUGGACCUCUCUUCCUCUCUUUCCUUUCUCUCUACAUGUGUGUAAUUUUCGUGUUAUAGUUUUUAAGUUAUA